AUGGGGUUGCGGGCAGAGGGAGAGGGAGGAGGAGCUUUUACAGGAGGUGUGGCGGGGGGAGGGGGUGGCGGGACAGAGGGCGAAGGCGCAGAGGGGGGUGGCGGUGGAGGAGGUGCUGGUGAAGGAGCAAGUGGUGGUGCAGGAGGUGGGGCUGGUAGUGGAAUUGGGGGUGGAGCAGGCGGGAGAGUAGGAGGAGGGGCUGGUAGAGGCGUUGGUGGUCUUGCCGGAGGUGGAGCAGGUGGAGGCGUGGGAGAAGGGACUGGAGGAGGCCUUGGCAGAGGUGCUGGAGGUGGAGCAGGCUGUUGGGUUGCUGGGAGAAGUCUUGUGAUAAUGGUGCGGCGAGUGAGGCAAUCCAACAGCAUCUACUUGAGUUCAUCUAGCAAAAGAGGUUGUGGAGAAAACUAUCCAUCAGGUAAGCGUAAGGGCGGCGACAACAGCAGUAGUAGAGAGAUGGAAAUCCAAGAGGAAGCUGAAAAUUAUGAGGAGAUGGAGGAUUAA